CCAAUACCGUUAUGCAACAGAUGGUUGUUAAACACAGAUAGAAGACCAAAAACAACAAAGAAUAUAAUGUUGUUAAGGUCAAGUUACAUGUCCUGUACAAUUAUUUUUAACAUACGACCUCCUCCUCCUCCUGCUGUCAUUCUUUUUUCGCUUUCGGAUAAAACCAAUCCUGAUGAUAGCAACGCCAAACCACCACAACGCCAGAAGAAGACUAGUCGUAUCCCACGACAACCACAGCAAGUAGUAGCUAGGAAACCGUCAGUUGCUGAAAUUGAAAGAGCUAUUGGUGCUGGUAUCUAUAAAGACCGUGACAUUAACAGGGAAUCUGAGCAGGAAAAGACUUUGUUUGAUACCAUUUUGUCGAAUUCAAUUGGGAGAACCGAAGGGGAUGUGGAGAAGAAGCUUAGAGAGACCGGUGAAUGGAUUCUCAAUAAAACUGAAGGCCCCUCUCGAUCUACUGGGAAGAAUAUUUUAAAAGUGGUGUUCUUAUGGAUUCUUCCGUUGUGGAUCUUAUCGUUUCUUGUGGCGUUUGGGGUCAUCAGGCUUCCGUUUGUCUCUCCAUUUCUUGAUGAGUUUAUCAUGUGAAUCAAAAUACUUGAUUACCCUCAAAUAUGGUUACAAAAGUUGUUUGUAGGCUGAAAUGGUAAUAUAUAGAUUAUGCAACCUUUCUUUGUUGGGUUAGUUGUACAUACUGAGUCAUGAGUAUAUACGUAUAUUGGAUGUGGAUCGGAUCAUGUCAUUAAAAUAAUGGUACAUUUGUUAAGCUAC